GUUUCUGCUUGAUGUUGGUUGAUGUAAUAGUACAUACAGUGUUAGUGAAUAUAGCGGUUUUUUACUGCAUGAUGCGAUAUAUACAAGUAAUAAUUUUCAGUAUUAGUCCACCCGCACACGACCGAUAUAGUAUAUACAAAACGAGUAGAAAUAAUAAUAUAAGGAAUUCUUCUAUUAUUUUUGUGAUGUUAUGAAAUGGAUUUAUUAGUGAUGCGUGAGCAACUUGGACAAUAAUCAAGCCAUUGAGCAACGGAGGACGACAAUGGCAGGAUCUACGCUUCCCGAGAGGGUAGCUCAAAUUUAUUAUUCAUAUGGAUUAUUUUGUUCGUCGUACCCAAUAACUGCAAUCACGCUCGCACUCUCCAUCGUACUGUUAUGCUGUUAUCCUCUUCUGAAUGUUCCACUACCAGGAAAUGUACCUACAGCGAUCAAUUUUCCACUUAACAGUGACCAUCUUAGACAAUCAACAGAUCCUGGAUGUGCAGAUAAUAAAUGUACAUCGACACCUACUUCUCAGUUGGACCUUCUAUUCAAUGAAACGCAAAGACUUCCAUAUAUUUGGGCAAAGGACAAACCGCUACUGUAUGUUCAACAAAUCAUUUUAAAAAUUGGCGUAUCACCAUGGAAUUCGAAUUUGAAAAUGUGGGACGCGUUCCGGGCUCCAAUCCAAGAAGUGUUCCGGUUGUUAGAAACCAUCAGAAAUCACGAAGAUCCAGAUUUAAAACAAACUCUACAACAGAACUGCUAUCAAAUCGGAGCUAUCAAACGACGCGAAAGCAAAGCCAGCAUCGAACGUGUCCUACCGGAAUACAGUUGUCUCCUUCUGUCACCAGCGAAUUUGUGGCAACAAAACCUUCAAACGUUUUCACUCGACACUAACAUAGUCAACACCGUUUACAACUAUCAGAACUUGCAAAAAGGGAAAGUUUCAAUAGCGGAAAUGGCGUUCGGCAUGCAAAUGCGGGACACCGGAAUAAAGCGGUAUCCGUUGCGGGCCCGACCUCGUGUACUGCAAUACGCUGUCACAAUUUUCUACGACAACCCCGAAGACAGAUUUAUUCAAUCACUCACCAAGAAACUCCAAGAUAUGUACCCCCUAUAUCAAGACAAGUCGCACGUCAAUGUUGACGAGGUGACUCUCGUAUAUUAUCCGGGGCAGUUCAAUUACCGGGAACUCGUCCCAUUGACAAUAACGUUUGUCGGUUUAUUUCUCUACGUAUAUUUUUCUGUAAGGAAGAUCGAGUACAUAAGAUCUAAAUUAGGACUCGCGGCCUGCGCCGUCGUGACGAUAGCCGGGAGUUUAAGUAUGUCGAUGGGGAUUUGUUUUUACUUCGGCUUCUCGUUGAGUCACCAGGGAAAAGAAAUAUUUCCGUAUCUCAUCAUCAUCGUUGGCUUGGAAAACGUAUUAGUGUUGACCAAGAGCGUAACUUCGACCGACUCGAGGCUGGAUGUCAAGAUACGAUUGGCGCAGGGACUCAGCAGGGAGGGAUGGUCGAUCACCAAAAACUUACUAACCGAAAUCACUAUAUUCACAGUCAGUUUCUUUACUUUCGUACCGUUCAUACAGGAGUUCUCCAUAUUCAUGAUAGUCAGUUUGUUGUCCGAUUAUUUUAUACAAAUUUUGUUUUUCGCUACCGUUCUCGGUAUCGACGUGCGUCACAUCGAGUACCUCCAAGAUAAAAAUAAUAAAUUGCACUUAAAAGAGUAUUUUAGUAUGCACAACGCGCUCAACUGGCGUUACAAUAAAAGUUACACUGACGAGUUUAACUUUUCGCCGCAACCGAUGACGAAAUCGAAGUCCCAUCCGAGACUGAUCGGAUUGGCCCAGAACAGCCCCACGGACGUGGUCGCCAACCGGAACUCUAGUCCGGGACAUCAGGACAAUCGCGUGCCGAAACGCAUCAAGCUUGUGAACAUGUGGGCGAGGACUAGGUUUUUUCAACGGGCCUUCAUGCUGUGGAUGCUCGUGUGGAUAUCCACGAUCGUCUACGAUUCCGGUGUCGUCGACUAUUUCAUUGGGAGCGCGGAAAAAUUAGAAAACGUCGAGACGAACAAAAAUUACGUCGAUAAAAGGGAAUCUACAAAGGAAUCAAUGUACGAGAUGUUUUAUAAUAGUACAGAUCGAAAUACGGUGGUGUUCCCGCCCAUGUUCGAUAUGGCCGACUCUGAUAAAGCACUCGACACAAACGACACUAUAAUGUUGAAGCAUUCUCCGCAUUCGCGGCCGUGGUCUAGGCUUUCUGACUACCAUUGGUCAACUAUACUAUCCAACUACAAUGAAUCGACAGCGGGUCGUUACGUUGUAAUGCUACCACCAACGCUACUGAGUCAUCGCGUAAGUCCCGAACUUGCUGUGGGAGUUCGGAAUCCGGACGAGAAGGAUCCACCACCGCUGAGAUGGCAAGCAUUAGCUGCAGCGCUUGAUCCCAUUGACAUACUACCCGAUUUCGACGUUGUCGACGGGAAAGGCUCCCCGCUCCAAUGGGGCAAGGGGUCCGAACUGCCUAUAUACCCUACAACACCAAUGGAAAUUCUUCUGCUCGCCAUACUGUGCUCCAUAAGCGUCGCCGUCAUCGCCUACAUGAUGGUGGUUUUGUACAGGUGUAUUUGUUCACGGCAUUAUGCGGAAUGGAGGGCUUCUUGGAACGAUAACGAGGAAUACCGGAGGAUCAUAGCCAAGCAACCGGCCAUUCAGUUGGUAAUGGAAGCAGUGCCUUUGGUCGUAGCCGGCCAUAGCCAGGAAGUGGAGUGCCUGGUGACCGAUGGUGAGAAGAUAGUUAGUUCUUGCCUCCAAGGCAAUAUAAAAGUAUGGGACUCGCAGAACGGAGAAAUCAUCACAAACAUUGAUAGAGAAGCUUUCUUCAACCUACAGAAUCUAUUACACAGUAAAGCUAAAUCAAAAAGGUGCAGUUAUCACGGUGACCUACGUGAUAAUGAAGAUGCCUACGAAGUAGUUCCAACAUCGAAAAAUAACAAGCCAGUUCCUCAAUUGCGAAAAGGUUUGAGUUCGUAUUUAAGUGGAUUGCGAUUUCGUCCCGCAUCGAGCGAGCGUGUGCCGAAUCUUUCCGUAGCGGACACCACUAAGUAUGAAUUCGCGAAAAGUUACAGAUCUAUAUACUACACAAACGAAAAUGACGACGUUUAUAAUUGUAACGAAUGCAAAGAAAACAUUGACAUAAACAAUUUAAACAUAGCCAAAACUAACAAAAGUACUAACAGUAUUCAAGAAGAUGACUUAAGUAAAGAUAUAUUAGAGAAUAUGGAAGCUAGCAAUAAUCUAAGAAAUAGAAGUAAGAAUAAAACGUAUAAUGAGGAGCGACCGAGAACUAAGCAAGCAAGCGGUUCAGCUGCUACCAGUACCUUGGAUUGGCAAGGGAAACCGAUUCUAGAAUCUCCUGUCUGGUGUAUGGACUUUAGCAAUGAUCUCAUCAUAUUAGGCUGUGCGGAUGGCAGACUUGAGUUCUGGGAAGCGAGCACGGGACGACUUAUGUGCGUGUGCGGGGGCGGCGAGGGCGUGACGCACGUGCGGGCGCUGGCGGGCGCGGCGCGGGUGUGUGCGGCCUCGCUCUCCGGGCACCUCACUCUGAUGCGCCUCGACGCCUACAACAGUGCGUCGGGCGCCCAUGUCGACUGGGGCUUCAGCACCGCGCACAGACGAACGCACAAGCGGAACGGUUCGACCGGCUCGUUACAGACGAGCUUCGGCGUGAACGACGAAAGCUCCCGAUACAGAACUAAUUUCACCUACAAAAGCGAUCCUAAUGACGGAGAAGAGGUGGUGUGCGUUCGAAUAGCGCAGUGCAGGCCUCAUCAGCAGCCUGUUACUGAGAUGCACUCGGAAGGCGGUCGCAUCUUAACCGGAGGUCAGGAUCACGUGGUCAAGGUGUUCUCUAGCGCGGAAUUAACGCCUCUCUUUACACUGCACGGACACUGCGGACCUAUAACCAGUUGCUUCAUCGAUCACGCGACUCCAACGAUAGCUGGGAGCGGAUCGCAGGACGGCCUCCUCUGCGUGUGGGACCUGCAUACUGGCGCGUGCCUGUACAGUAUGCAGGCUCACGACGGCGCAGUGACGUCACUGGCGUACACCGCCUCGUACGUUGUGUCGGCGGGCGCUGAUGAACGACUCUGCAUAUGGGAUCGCUUUCAAGGGCAUAUGCUCAACUCCAUACACGUGGGGCUCAAUUAUAUGAGUCGUAUGCUGCCCUUAACUCACACCCUGCUCGUGAUGGGCGACAGAAGCGGCAUCACCGUCUACGACCUGAGCAGCGGUGACGUCAUAAGACGAGUUUUACUCGGUCAAAGCGACGGGUGUAUUUUCGUAAGACAAAUAUUGCCUCUGAAAGACGCUAUUGUGUGCGAUUACGCGAAUCAAUUGAGGAUAGUGCGCUUCCCUCUCGUCUCUCGGCUCGAUUUAAAGAGCGACUAAACAUUAUGUAUCAUAAACGAAUAGCCUUCUGCAGUGUCUUAUUUUAUUGACGUAGCCUUUGUUAGGUAACACAUAAAUGGCCUUAACGUCGUGCAUGAGAGCCAUAUUGAGCACCGCCAGUAGUCCUGGUAAUGUUGAAGAAUGCUAAUCGUAAUAUUAUAUUUUAACUGUAAUACUUUUUGCGAAGCGCGCAAUGUAACGUAAUAGAAUCAGCUGACGGGCGAGGUCGUCGACCUCGGGGUGAGAGACGCGCGCCGCCUUCGUUUCAGAUACCGCCUUCGACUUCGAAAUAUUAUCGGCAUACAAACGAAUGAUUUCACUUUAGAAUAAUUUUCAACUUAUAAUGGUUUCUAAGAGAUAUUUUUUUAAAACGGUGGGUAUAAAUAUCCCAGGAUUAUUCAAACAAAAAUACGUCUGCACUUAUGUGCGCACGUAAAAGUUACUACACACACACAUCUUUGGCGUAUAAUAUAAAUUAUUUUCUAACUCAACAGAUAUCAACAAAAAAUAUUAACGUUUACCUACUCAUAAAUUAUACAUACAUAAAUACAUUCUCACAUCUGGAUACACAAUUUUUAUAACCGUAAUAAAUUAUGUGUUACACGCUGAAAAAAUAGACUCGGCUGUUUUCCAAAACACGCCACAAGAAUUAUAACCUCAAAAACUAUAGAUCAGUAUAAAAUAUUUUUUUCUGUCUAGGGUGCAAAAUUUUGACUGCGGAAACAGUUCCCUUACAGCCAGUUGUUUUAAAUUUAAAUUAAUUACCAUAAAUCUCAUUAUAACAACGAUUUUACAUGAAUCCAUGAGGCUUAGAGCGGCCCAAUUACAUACGUAAACAAUAGUGUAUACAGUGUUAAUGGAAAAAAGUUAUCCGAUUUAACAUAUUUGUAACUUAAUAAUAUAACAAUAGAAAAUUCGAUUAUGCACGCAUUAAAUUUAAAAUAAAUUAGUUCGCCUUUAUGAGAGUUUGCAAUGAUCCUGUGGAAGUUUUUAAUUUUAAACUACAACAAAGCAACCUUUUGUAUUGGAACAUUGACAACGUACAAACAUCUUUAUUAAAUUGAAAUAAAUCUAGAUUAUUAAAUAGAUGAUAGCCUUAAUCGCUCAUAGUAUUGUUAUUAUUAAAUAUUUACAGUAGUAUUUACAUAUUAUGUUGAAACGAGAUUUUGGUUAGUUUAAAUUAAUUCGAUUAUUUAUUAUUUUAGUGUAAUAAUAAUGAGUUUAGUAAGGUUUUCGCUAACAAUAAAACGGACCAAUUUUACUGUGUGAACACGUCUAAAGUAAUUAAAUUCAUUUAUAAUAAAAUAAGUAGCCGAAACGGUGCAGCAGUGCGGUGUUAUGCACAUCAGAUCAAGGGGUAUUUGGGUUAAGUAAGAUUUCUCGCGACAUUUCGUUUAAACGCGACGUUUAGCUUAGUACGCGACACUUCGCUUGAUACGCGACAUUUCGCUUAAUACGCGAUAUUUCACUUAAUACGCGAUAUUUCGCUUAAUACGCGACAUUUCAUUUAAUACGCGACAUUUCGUUUAAUACGCGACAUUUCGCUUAAUACGCGACAUUUCGUUUAAUACGCGACAUUUCGCUUAAUACGCGACAUUUCACUUAAUACGCGACAUUUCGCUUAAUACGCGACAUUUCGUUUAAUACGCGACAUUUCGCUUAAUACGCGACAUUUCGCUUAAUACGCGACAUUUCGUUUAAUACGCGACAUUUCGCUUAAUACGCGAUAUUUCGCUUAAUACGCGAUAUUUCGCUUAAUACGCGACAUUUCGCUUAAUACGCGACAUUUCGCUUAAUACGCGACAUUUCGCUUAAUACGCGAUAUUUCGCUUAAUACGCGACAUUUCGCUUAAUACGUGACAUUUCGUUUAUUACGUGACAUUUCGCUUAAUACGCUACAUUUUGCUUAAUAUGCGAAAUUUAUCUUUGUAAUUAAAAGUCCGUUUAUUAGGUAUCAGCAUCAACAGUUUGAUUUUUUCAAUUGAAAUUCAAUUAAGCUUACUCCAUUCAAAUAACUGAAAAAGAUUUUUCAUAAUGAAACUUUUUCCAAAUUUUAAACUUUAAAUAGCUCUAUUUAAAGUUGCAAAUGUCGCUUAAAUCAAAUAGGCUUUCACCUCUCUAUAUAAUAAUUAUUAUCCAUCCAAAACUGUGUCUGCUAAAAUAUAAAAUUAAUUAACAUAUUUCUCUUAUCGAUGUUAGUAAGAGUUGAUAAAAUACAAGGUCGUUGUUUCAGUGCAAUUUAGAUUCGGUUCUUAUGUCUCCUCGUCGCGGAGUCUACGCGAUUUCCACAUUUUAAUAAACGUUAAACUUUAAGCGGUAUUUUGGUUAGCUCGAAUCUGCGGACCGUUGUCCUAUUUGACGGAGCCCUGUGUGGUAUGCAGAAUAGCGUAAUCAGUAAACAAACAAUGCUUUUCCAUUCGUUCGUCGGAAUCCAGCCAAGAACGAACUACGAAAGAAUAAUCGGGUGGGUAGCACUGGCUCUUACGAUUGAGCACGAUAUUUCACAGGACUAAAACCCUUAUUCGUAUCGUUGAUGGAUAUGAAGCGUGUUCGCUGGCUUGUCUACCGGAAUAUUACGCGACAAUACUUUCUCAAAAAUGAACAUAUUAAAAGAAUGCUUAUACAUGUUUGUCUUAUUCGUGUAUUUAGUUCACACAGUAGUCAUCCCUAGAACGAAUGUAUAAAGUAUUUUAAAUUACUUGUUGAUUGAUUAGUUGAUAUAAAAGUUAGUAAUUUUUUUUAUAUAUAUAGUACAAUAAUAGUUUUAUAAUUGUGUGUUGCGGCUUAAAAAAAAAAAGAAAACUAUAUGUAAUUAACAUAACAUUUAGCGGACUUUGCGUGACCAUGAAGUGCUGAGGUGCUUGAAAAAGGCACUAAACACUUUGAACACAAUUAGAAUUCAUAUUUUAUCAAAGGUCGUGUUAGCUGUAAUAUACGAGUAUACUUUAACGUGAAAAAAAUCGAAAUGUUCUAUUUAACCGCACCGGAUUAGUGUGCCAGUAGUUAUUCACCGUUCUUGUUACUGGGAAAUAUUACAAAAUGAAAAUAAGUUUUCAUCUACUAAAACGAAUAGGGUAAUUGCAAUGGUUUAGAGAGAGAGAGAGAGAGAAUACACUUUAUUGCACACCAACACAAUUUACAUUCAAAAAGUAAAACAGUAAAAAAGCACAUACAUUUGUACAAUAGGCGGUCUUAUCGCCAAAAGCGAUCUCUUCCAGACAACCGUUUAAUUUACAGAAAUUCUGUAAAAUAUAAAAUUAUGGCAGGUAUGUUGUUAUAUUUACAGAAAUAAAAAAAAAACCUUUUUUAGUGUAGGAAAGCGUCUUAGUUAAUUAUAAACAAAUCAAAUGAGUAUUGGAACAAAAAAAAAAUGAAAAUACUAAGCAUAAAUUAAAGUGAAUUUUACUUAUAUAUUUAUAAUCUGUAUAUUGCUAGUAUAUUAUUCGGUUUUCUUGAAUAGUAACAAUAAUAAAAAAAAUACUUUAACUGUUUAAUCUGUGGUUUUUACUGUCACCAUAUUAUUUUGAACGUUUUUAUUACUUUAACUUGGUCACGAACAACACUGUAAUAAUACGGUAAUAAUACAAUAAAAAUUCAAACAUGCGGGAUUCGACCGCAAAAGCGAUUUCAAUUAAACAUAUAUUGGCUUUUUAAUUGUUACCAGAAUACGCCUAAUGCGAAAUCGAAUUAAUACCGAAAUAACCGUACCUGUUCUAUUAAAACAUAGCAUUGUUGGUAUUUACAAGAUUAUACUGCACAGAACCCAUAAUAAUGUAUUAUAUUUUAGUCUUAUUAUUUAUCCAUUUUAUUGCGGUGUUUUUGAUACAGUAUUCUAUUAUAAUUUCCAUUGAAUAUAUCCACUAAAAUAGUACCUAUAUGAAUAUAAUAAUUCUCGUUCCGUCCACGGGAAUGAUUGCUAGUAUUUUAAAGUAUGCAGGAGUCGCAACUCUCAAUUGUUGUUGACGCUAAGUACUUAAUCAAUUAGACAAAUAUACAAUAUAAAACAUAGACACAUUACCAAUAAAUGAAUAGAAAUACAUUAUUUAAGAUUUUGGAAACAUCAAAAUAUUGACUGAUGUUUGUUUAAAUAAAUAAUGUGAUAAAUUAAUUAAAGCAAAACACGAUUGAAUUAUUAAUGUAUAUUUUGAGUUACAGCGAAGAAUACAAAACCGUCGAUAAUUCAUAGAUGUUAAAGUUCACAGAAAAUAAUAAAAAAUAUGUUAUUAAGAAACAUGACCAAAUGGCCCUUUAGUUAAAUUUAUAGAAAUAAUAAAUAUAAAUUAUUAUUUAAAAUUAUAUAUACGCUAAUCACAAGAGAAAAGAAAAAAAUGCAACUUAUCUAGAAAACCUAAUAAAAAAAAGAUUCACAAACAUUUCCCAGUAACAAACGCUUUUAGGGACAACACUUUUAUUAUUUUCAUAAGAUAAAUGAUUUAUUUAUUUAUUAUUGUAUUGAUAAAGUCUACGAGAAAUAAAAGUUCGUUUUUGUGAAACAAAAUAAAUCCCACAUGUUAUUUUUCAGUAUUCAUUAAAGACUGGAAUGUCGUGUACCCAUUAUUUUAAAUGUAAUUCUAAAAGCAAAUUAAAUCACAAGAAUUAUAUCCGUCCUUAUAACUUUACGAUAUAUCGUUUCGAUUUAUUAACAUCGUAUCGUUUGCUUUGCCUAUUUCAUACCGAGUCAUAAUAAUAUAUUGAUUUUAUGUAAAACAGCUGACGCCGCUUCCAUUUGUUUGUAUUUUUAAUUAUUUGAACUAGCUCCGAAGAGCUUUACACUAGUAGUCAAUUAAUUACAUUAUGUAAACGUAUACGGAGUUCGUGAAAAAUUUAACUGGAAUAAAUUUAUUCUGUACUGAAAUUAAAUUAGUAUGUAUUUAGGUACAGCUAAUACUAAAAGUAACUUUUAAAAUUGAAGUUUUGCACAAAAUCGUAAAUUUUAUGGUAAAAAUUGAAUGCGUCCUAAGGACAGUGUGUUUGUUUGAUUACCGCUCAUUUUCAUACGCGACUUAAUAACACACAUAUAAAAAUACAAGUUUUUCGACAAUAAAUAACUAAAUGUUAUAGUACAAAAAAAAUUAUUAAAGAUAAGAUAAACAAUUUCUUUAACUUUUCAGGUUUAAGUACCAAAAUUCUAUUUUUAGGCAAUCUGUGUACUAUAUUAUAUGUGUGGGAAUAUAUCGUAUUGCGUUAUAUUAUAACAUUACUAAAAUACAGUAAACGUGAUACAUAAUAAUUUAGUGAAUUACUCAGCGUGAUUUAUCCUUGUUAAAUUAUAUUAAUGGUAUAUACAUAUGUUGUUUAGAGAUGUAAAUAAUUAUUAAUAAUGGCUCGGUGUUUUUUAUCUCUAAAUAUCGAUGCGAUUUUAUGAUAAGCUGGAAUUCAAAACGGAUUCAUGAAUCAUGGUUGUCACCUAUUUAAUAUAUUUUUUUAGUAUAAAUUUAUAUAAUAUAAUUUUAAUGACCAGAAAUGAACUCUUGUCAUUUUUAGUUCAUUGCUUAUUCUUACCUUCUUCGUAUCGUCUUUUGGCGUUUCUGUUUUAAAAAAGGCCUAUCAACAAGAGUUAUUCAAUAAUUGGUUUAUUUGUGUGCGUGUUCAACUAAAUUUUAUUGUAAAACAAUCGGUUUUGGAAUUCGAGACGUGUUUUGUUAAUUAGCCUACAUAUGUAACAAUACGUUAAGAUGACAUUUCUAAAAGGUAUGUAACUGAAGGUAAUAAUAAUAUAUUCGCAUCACAAUUUUAAAUGUAGAUUCAAUUAAUAUGCAUAAAAUAUAAUGCAAUUCAGUGUUUAGAAGCUUACAAAAUCAAUAAUGAAAAUGUUCAUUGUAUUAAGUUGUUGAGUUCCUUAGAAUCCUGUGGGACGUACGAAUGUCUUAGUGCUUAAUUAAUUAAUGUAAAACUUUAAAACUGAAUGCGUAAAACAAUUUCAUACAUCUUACUUAAUACCAAAAUACAGUUAAGUUAUUUUGCAGAAACCCGUAUUCAUAAACAUGUAAAUCAUUUGAAAUAACGUUUGUUGAAAUUGUUUCAAUCGAUUCUACAUAUUACAAAUUUUUAGCAAACUAUGUACUUCAGUAUUUCUAAAGAUUCAAAUAUAAUUUACUUAAAAAUAUCUUUAUACAUUAUUAUGAAAUGAAACUCGUAAGGAUAAUACUUUAUUUAUGUACUACAAAUUUUAAACGGCUAAUGUUCCUGUGAACUUAUUUAUUUUACUUAAAACAAUAACAAUGUAAAACAGUCCGCCGAGACAUUCCUUACUGAAUAUUAUCAUAUCAUAAUUCAGCCCAAAUUAAAGUAUUAUAAUGUUUUAAAUAACAUUUCUACAGUUUAAAUCCGGACAAAAAAUAUUUUAAAAGUAUUUUGUAGUAUUUUAAGUUCCGAACUACUUUUAAUAAUUCAUGCUUUAUAAAACACAUCAACAAGAUUCAUAAUAUUAAUUUAUAACUUUUUAAUUUUCCAUUGAGUGUUUAAAUCAAUCAAAAACAUAUCAGCUCACUUUACAAAACUGUAUUAUUUUAACCUGUAUAGUAUCAAAUUUUAAGUAAAUUUCCAACUUAAAUUGAUUAAUUUUACUAUUCUUUUAGAAUAUAGCAUAGACUAGCUAGGUACACCUUAAUUUGGAACUUAUGCAUAAUUUUAAAUCACAAAGUUUUUUCAUGUAUUAAAAUAAUUGAAAUAAAAUAAUCGUAUUAUGUAAGAUAGAUGUCAACAUUACAUAUUAUUACUACAUAUAUUAUAUCUGACGUAUAUUAUAAAUGAAAUGUAAAUUGACUUCUUGAUCAUUAUCGCUAAAAGUUAUGACUGGUGGUAUUUCGCGCAACCUUCAUUUCAAAAGUAUGGAAACUUCUAAAAUCAGAAAACUACUUUAAUUAGUGUGAUGUGUACACUAUCCAAACUCCUGCCACAAUAUAAUACAAUAUUUUUAACGUUUUUUCGUCUAUUCUUGUUUUUCAAUUAUGAAAUGUAUGGUUAUUUCAAUUAUUUUACUGCUUACCUAUUUUUAUUAUGUACCAAUUUUAAUAAAGGUUUUGUUACAUAACACAA